AGAGUAGGUGGCACUCUGAGAAGUCCACAGAAGGAGCAGUGCUUUUCCUGCGUGACUUUACUUCUUGCUGGUGAGUGCAUCGGUCUUGCUGCCGCCGCUGCUGCCGUCCUUCCCUGACAUUGGAGUCAGCUUCUUGGGCCUUCUAGUGUGGACUGAAGACCACUGAAGAAGCUGUCCCGGUGUCUUCCGAGCCCUCAGUGCCAGAUUGAAGCUCCCGAGACUUCCAGCCUUGUGCACAGAGCCUCUUCAUCAUGGAGACAGCCAUCGUCGGACUGUCCAGGCCUGAGGAGGGUUUGGUGAGCUUUGAGGAUCUGGUGGUGCACUUCACCCAGGAUGAGUGGGAUUUGCUGGAUCCUUCUCAGAAGACUCUCUAUGGAGAUGUGAUGCUGGAGACCUUCAGGAACUUCACUGCCACAGGAUAUGAAUGGGAAGAUGAGACAGUUGAAGACCAGUGUGAAGAUCCUGAAAUUAAUCUAAGGAACAUCGUCUCUCACUCUGAAUACACACAGUAUGAACAUGAGGAAUUUGAAGAGAAGCCACCUGAUUCUAGUUUUCUCGAAAGUAUUGAAGGAUGCAUGGAAACUAAGACUUCGAGUGGACCCUCUGUGUGUGAGGUAUGUUUAAAGACCUUUGGACUGUACCACCUAACUUAUAAUGGACAUCACAACUACGACUACAAGGAACUCAGAGGAAGCCAGACUGAGGAAAAUGACUCUGAAGGUAAUCAGUGUGAGAAAACUUCCGGCUCCCUUCAAAAAGAAGAAAAAAUUCAUACUGGGAAAAAACUCUAUGUGUGUCAAGAGUGUGGGAAAGCGUUUAGGUAUCCCAGUGCCCUUCAAUUACACGAAAGAAUUCAUACUGGAGAAAAACCGUAUGAGUGUAAGGACUGUGGGAAAGCCUUUAGAGGUCUCAGUGCCCUUCACUUACAUGAAAGAAUCCACACUGGAGAAAAGCCCUAUGAGUGUAAGCAGUGUGGGAGAGCCUUCACUUACCUCAGUGCCCUUCAACUGCAUGAAAGAAUUCACACUGAGGAAAGACCCUGUGAGUGUAAACAGUGCGGUAAAACCUUUAGAUAUAGCAGGGCCCUCAAAUUACAUGAAAGAAUUCAUACCGGAGAAAAGCCCUAUGAAUGUAAACAAUGUGGGAAAUUUUUCAGAAGUCACAGGACCCUUAAGUUACAUAAACGAAUUCACACCGGAGAAAAACCCUAUGAAUGCAAAGAGUGUGGGAAAGCCUUUAGAUGGCUCACUUCUCUGAAGUUACAUGAGAAGAUCCAUACUGGAGAAAAACCCUAUGAAUGCCAGGAGUGUGGGAAAGCUUUCCGGUGCCAGGCCUCCUAUCAUAGACAUAAAAUAACUCAUGGUGGAGAGACAUUGUAUGAAUGUAAAGAGUGUGGGAAGUCCUUCAUUUAUCCCUCUUUACUUCAAGUGCACGAAAGAACUCACACUGGUGAAAAGCCCUUUGAGUGUAAGCUCUGCGGUAAAGCCUUUAGGUGUCAGUCCUCGCUUCGACUGCACGAGAGAACACACACCGGGGAAAAACCCUAUGACUGUAAGCACUGUGGCAAAGCCUUUUCAAGUUAUAAUUACCUUCGAUUUCAUGAAAGGAGCCACACCGGAGAGAAGCCCUACGAAUGUAAGGACUGCGGUAAAACCUUCACACAUCGCUCUUACCUUCGAUCCCAUGAAAGAAGGCAUACCGGGGAGAAACCGUACCAGUGUGUGCAGUGUGGCAGAUCCUUCAGCCGGCAUAGUUCCUUUAAGAGACAUCAGUCUGUUCACGGAGAAAACCCAUAUGAACAGUAUCUAAUUCCAUUAUCCCCAUUUCCUUCAAAGGAAUGAAAGAGCAGAUUGGUACAAACCCUUUGAAUGUAAACAGUGUAGCAAAUACCCCCUUCCACAUAAAACACUUACUCAAGAAGGAGGAACCUUUUAUAUGUAAACUGUGUGGCAUAGCCUUCAGGGUCACAGUGUCCUUCAAAGAAGGAAUUCUUGCUGGGCAAAGUUUAUGUUUGUUACCAGUGUGGUAAGUAUUGAUUGUUAUGCUUCCUUUCAGAGAAGUAAGUUAAUUCAUGCUGGGCAAAUGCUCUAUGAAUGUACAAGAUAUGGUUAAUCUUUCAUUUAUCUGUUUGCCUUAAAAUCAUGACAGAACGCCUAGUGGGAAAAAACCCCACACAGUGUGGGGGUAAACAAUGUGGAAAAGCCUUCAGGUGUCACAGGUCCUUUCACUAGCGUGAAUGAAAUGUCUUGUUGGAAAGAAAAUGUGAAUGUAAGGUGUGUUAAGGCCUUUAGGUAGCAUCGUUCCCUUAGAUUCCGAGAAUGUAUUCCAACUGGAAAAGUUUCCAACUGGAAAUCACUGUGAAGUCUUCAAGGCCACAGCUCUUUAAGAAGCUCCUGGUGCUGGAAGGUGGGCGGUUUUGCAAGUGUCAGGAGUGUGGGAACGCAGUGGCUGUUGGGAGAUGGACAUUUCCUUUGCAGCGGCUUCCCAUGACUGGCUUGUGCUCUUGUAAAUACCCCAAAUUAAACUCAAUGGUUCCUCAAGCCACACUUGUGUAGGAUCAUUCUUGGUCUCUGUCAUUGAUGCCUGGUCUGGGAUGAACAGACCUUCAUAAAUGUCUUCAGGCUUUUAAGGCUGUGCUGUGUUUACAUCAGUGUGAAACCCCAAGAAGGAAUGAAGGCUGUGGCUUGAAGUACUGUGUUGCUUUCUGUCUUGGGUGGGUGCUUCAGUUGUCAACCUGAUGCAGUCUGCUGUCCCCUGGGAAAGGGGUCUCAGUGCUGACCUGUCUGUCUUAGGUUUGCAUUGACGUGGCUGUGAGGGAAUUUCUUACUAGGGUUAAUUGAGGUAGGAAGAUCCAUCCUGAAGGAUGGUGUCACUACUGUUAUAUGGACUGUAUGAAAAGGACAGAAGUAACUGAGUGCAGAGAUUCCUUGCUGUCUGCCUUGGGACUGUGUCUACUGCUGUGUCAAGCUCCUGUCACCAUGACUGGCCCACAGUAAUGGAUAGUAACCUGAAACUGAGCUGAAAUAAACCCUUUCUUACCUAAA